AACAAAAACUGUUACUAUUACAUAAAUAGUCUAUGACUAAAUAGAUUUCAGUUAACUAAGAAAUAUAUAUUUAUAUACAAAUAGCCAUUUCCUGUUGCAUGGUCUGAGUACAUAGCUGAUGAAGGGUGGUUUUAUCAUUUCGACUUGUUAACUAUUAAUUCAGCAGUGUGCAUCUGAGAAGCGGAGCCACGCACCCCAGUAAUCAUGGCUGUGAGCUCGAAUGAAGAGAAGGGUAACCUCAGCUGCUGUGUUUUUAACGGAGACCUGCUCUCCAGCGUUCUGCCUCCGCUUCUCAUUGUGGAGUUCGUGCUGGGAGUGGUGGGCAAUGGGAUUGCGCUGUGGAUUUUCUGUUUCCACUUCAAGCCCUGGAAAACCAGCACAGUCUUCCUGUUCAAUCUGGCCCUAGCCGAUUUCCUCCUGAACGUUAUCCUUCCGUUCCGGACAGAUUACUACUUGAGGAACAAAGACUGGAUCUUCGGAGACGUGUUCUGCAGCAUCUCCCUAUUCAUGCUGGCCAUGAACCGAGCUGGAAGCAUUCUGUUUCUGACUGCCGUUGCCGUGGAUCGAUACUUCAAAGUGGUCCAUCCCCACCACCUUAUAAACACCAAGUCUGUCACGAAGGCUGUGUACACUGCAUGCGCUUUGUGGGUCCUUGCCAUAGCAUUGACUGUGUACCUCCUUACCAAAUCUCACCUGUUUCCUAACGGGAACUUGACACAGUGUGAUAGCUUCACUAUAUGCCUGUUUUCUACGUCUGAUGGUAGUUGGCACAAUGCUCUGUUUGUGCUCGAGUUUUGUGUUUCUCUGAGCAUUGUACUGUACUGUUCUUUCUCUAUAGCCUGGAAACUCAAAGUGAAUCUGCUAGACAAACAAGCCAGGAUAAGGAAAGCUGUGAAGCUUGUAACAGUGGUGGUGGUCAUGUUUGUUGUCUGUUUUCUCCCUAGUAAUGUUACUAGAAUACUGAUCUGGAUCAAAAAUAGAAAACACAUACAUGACUGUGCUGCGUAUGAAGCGCUGGACAUUGGAUUCUACAUAACCAUCAGUCUGACUUACCUGAACAGCAUGCUGGACCCACUUGUGUAUUACUUUUCCAGCCCGACAUUCAAAAAGUAUUACAUUGCUGUCGUGAGUCUCCGGCUGCACAAGAAAGAAGAUCUAUCGGCAGAGGGUACAUCAGACAGAGAUACAACUCGCACCCCGAGUGCAGACCGCUUGUGACAGGUCGCUGCAGCAUGCAUAGCUUAGUUUAAGUAUAGCAUAUCGCACUUAAUUAAUUAAACAGCCUGCAUACAUGUGUAUUGUGAAGCUCAGUAUUACGGGGAAUAUGCAUUUGGAAAAAGGUAUUUUGCUGUAUUGCUAUUUUCAUUUAUUACUGUAUUUAGUAAAUUCCUAAUAAAAACAGUCGAACUUGAUUCAACAGGUUGACCAGAGGUAACUGGAAAGUGUUUAGUGCUUGGAAGAUAGGAACGGUCUGUGUUUUAUAAUGCAGUGAAAUUACUGGCAGUAGUAAGGUGUGCGCGAGACUGCAUGAUAACUCUUACCAUUCCACCCCAAAAUAAAGAGACAACAAACAUCCCGGAACAGUGACGCCAUUGACAAUUUACUGGAGUGGGAAUACACGGUUUUGAAUUGCAUGCAAAUACUUGGAUUAUGCAAUGGCAAAUAUUGUCAUGCUAUUUAUUUCUCUAUGUUGAGGGAUGUCAUAAUUAAAGCCCUGCAAAUCCUCGGAUAUCUACUUUAUAUCCGCGGAUGCGGGUGUGGCGUGUUGUUUUACAUCUUCGCGGGUGGCGGAUCGGAUGCAGAUAUAAUUAUUAAUAUUCGGCUGAUAGAAGUUCAGGCAAUAUAAUUGGCUUGUGGAUGUUCUUUUUUCUAAUGAAAACCUGGAAACCGAACAGCAUUUACCUGCUGAAUCUGGC